AGGGCUUUCGGCGUUUCUUCUUCUUCUUCUUCUGGUUUUUCUGCUAAGAGCUUGCUAGAUUUCGAUUUCCAAUCCAGUGAGUUCUUAGGGUUUUGGUAUUUGCAGUUCCGAUGGCGAGAGCUCAAACGGGAACCGUGAACCCGGGUGGUCGGACUGGGGUCAGAAUCGUCGUGGCCGGAGACCGCGGCACCGGAAAAUCGAGCCUGAUCGUCACCGCGGCCGCCGAGAAUUUCCCGGUGAAUGUACCGCCGCUGUUGCCGCCGACGAGAUUGCCGGAGGAUUUCUACCCUGAUCGUGUGCCGAUCACAAUUAUCGAUACUUCCUCUCGUCCUGAAGAUAAUGGUAGAGUUGCUGAAGAAUUGAGGCGCGCUGAUGCAGUUGUUCUUACUUAUGCAUGUGAUCAACCCCAGACGCUUGAUCGAUUGAGUACCUUCUGGCUUCCUACGCUUCGCCAACUUGAGGUGAGGGUUCCAGUCAUAGUUGUAGGUUGUAAACUAGAUUUGAGAGAUGAGAACCAGCAGGUUAGCCUGGAGCAAGUGAUGUCACCAAUAAUGCAACAGUUUCGGGAGAUUGAAACUUGCAUUGAAUGUUCAGCAUUGAGACAUAUACAGAUUCCAGAGGUUUUUUACUAUGCACAAAAAGCUGUGCUCCAUCCAACAGGCCCACUGUUUGAUCAGGAAUCACAAACACUGAAGCCUCGAUGCGUGCGAUCCUUGAAGCGGAUAUUUAUUCUCUGUGACCAUGACAGAGACGGUGCUUUAAGUGAUGCAGAGUUGAAUGAUUUCCAGGUUAAAUGUUUCAAUGCCCCUUUACAGCCUUCUGAAAUUGUGGGUGUCAAGAGGGUUGUGCAAGAAAAGUUGCCUGAAGGAGUCAAUGACCGCGGGCUUACUUUGACAGGAUUCCUCUUCCUUCAUGCACUAUUUAUAGAAAAGGGGCGUCUUGAAACAACUUGGACUGUCCUUCGAAAAUUUGGAUACAAUAAUGAUAUAAAACUUGCAGAUGAACUCAUUCCAUCUCCAUUGAGACGGACUCCUGAUCAGAGUGUGGAGUUGACGAAUGAAGCCAUUGAGUUCCUCAGAGGAAUCUUUGACUUGUUUGACAAUGAUGGUGAUGGGGCACUCCGACCUCGUGAACUGGAAGAGCUAUUUUCUACCGCCCCCGAAAGUCCGUUUAGUGAGGCUCCUUAUAAGGAUGCAGCUGAGAGAAAUGCAUUUGGAGGGUUAUCACUUGAUGGAUUCUUAUCACAGUGGGCGCUCAUGACACUCCUAGACCCAGCUUUCAGCAUGGAGAAUCUGAUAUAUAUCGGUUAUUCUGGUGACAUUUCAUCUACUGUCCGUGUCACGAGGAAGAGGCGUUUAGAUCGAAAGAAGCAACAAUCAGAUAGAAAUGUUUACCAAUGCUUUGUUUUCGGCCCUAAGAAGGCUGGAAAGUCUGCAUUGCUCGACUCUUUUCUUGGAAGGCCUUUCUCUGAUACUUACAAUCCAACCACAGAAGAACGUUACGCAGUAAACGUUGUCGAUCAACCUGGGGGAAUAAAGAAAACCAUUGUGUUGAAAGAAAUUCCUGAAGACGGAGUUAAAAAAUUGCUGUCAAACAAAGAGUCCUUGGCUGCUUGUGACGUAGCAGUGUUUGUUCAUGACAGUUCUGAUGAAUCGUCAUGGAAGAGGGCGACUGAGUUGUUGGUUGAAGUUGCUAGCCAUGGCGAGGAUACUGGAUUUGAGGUGCCUUGCCUCAUUGUUGCAGCUAAAGACGAUUUGGAUUCAUUUCCAUUGGCCAUACAACAUUCUACAAGGGUUAGUCAAGAUAUGGGAGUGGAAGCUCCUGUGUCUAUUAGCACAAAGCUGGGUGAUUUUAAUAAUGUAUUUCGCAAGAUUAUAAGUGCUGCCGAGCACCCUCAUUUGAGCAUUCCCGAAACUGAAGCUGGGAGAAGCCGCAAGCAAUACCAUCGGCUUAUUAACCGGUCUCUUAUGUUUGUUUCAGUGGGAGCUGCAGUGACCAUUGUUGGAUUAGCAGCCUAUCGCGUUUAUGCAGCGAGGAAGAACACUUCUAGUUAAAGGAUGAAGGUCGGUGCAUCGCGUCGAUCAGCUUGUUAUAUGCCUCCCUCUAUCAUAUACGAAAGUUGUGAGAAACUGUCAUCUUCAGAGCCCCACUCUGUCGGGUCGCUUGACAUGGUUUAUGCACAGAGAAUUUACAAUAUCCUAUCUAUUCAUGACACCCUUAAAUUUUCCCAUUCCUUAAAUUCUCGCGUUCUUUUUAGGUUUUAUUCAGUGGGCUGAGUAUAAAUUGUUGGUCAACUCGUGCUUUAUUGUACCGUGGUUGAAAUGAUAGCAUAGCACAGAUACAAAAUGGAAUUAUGUC